AAAGUAGGAAAAAGAAGAGAAGUUGCAGCACUUAAAAUAAAAGGAAAUGCACGUGAAAGCUGUUCUGGCCACGAUUAUUAGAAGCUUCACGAGAAGCCGGAGAUCUGGAAAUUUGAGUCGAAUAUUUUCCCAGUAGAAUGUUUGUACUUUAUAGCUCCUCUUUACUCCACUUCAUUUUCAAGGUUUUAGCGGUAUUGUUGAAGAAAUCCCAACAUUGUUUUGUUUGAGUAUUUGUAUUGAAUUUGAGUGUGAAAGUUUGGAAUUCCCAUGAGUUUUUGGAGUUUUAAGGUUUGGAAAUUAUUGCAUUUCCCUUUAAAUUCGUUGGGUUGUAAGUGUGUUGCAGUAGUUUUUGUUGUUGCUUUGGUGGUGUUGAGGGGUAUACUGUUGCAAGAUGGUUUAUCCAGGGUUGAUGUGAAUGGUGGGAUGUAUUCGGAUUAUGGAAUUCGUGGAGAUAGGUUUCUGGAGGUGCCUCAGAUUGUUUGGGGGUUAAACAAUCAGAAGAUAGCAUUUGCUCGGGCGUGCCUCACUGCUCGAAUGCUGAACCGGACCCUUCUGAUGCCCCGGUUGAGUGCUUCGUUGUUUUAUAAGGAAUUAGAUCAAUUGCAGAGCAUUGGAUUUGAUAAGGUGUUCCAGUUUAGGAAGUUUAAUUCACUUUGCAGUGGGUUUGUUCGAUUGGGACGAUACUCACAAGUCUUGAAUCAGACUAAUGUUCUGGAGCUGCAAAAAGGGAGUGGACGAAAGUGGACAUCUGUGAGAGACUUUGAUCAAUUGAAGGAAUUUAGUGGAGACUCUAGUGAUCGCUAUCAAGUUAUACGCGUUAUAGGGAAGAACCCUUUUCUCUGGCAUGAUCAUUGGCCUGUCAAGGACUAUGCUAGGGUAUUUGAGUGCUUAGUUUUAGUGGAUCAGUUUGCUAAAGAAGCAGAUAGGGUUAUUUCUAAAAUCAGAGCUAUAGGGAGAGAAGCAAUGUCGGUUGAGCAGGGUGAGGGUCGUAAUGGGGGUCGUAAUGGGGACAGUGCCAAGUUGGAUUAUGUGCCAUAUAUGGCUGUACAUAUGAGGAUAGAGAAAGAUUGGAUGAUUCAUUGCAAGAAGCUAGAGCAAAGAUCUAAUAUAAGUGAAAUUUGUAGCAGCAAGGAAGAAAUUACCCAACGAGUAGGGAACAUUAAGGAGGUGAACAAGCCAACAGUUUUAUACCUAGCUGUUGCAGAUAAUCUGUUGGAAGAUAAGACAAUAUUGAGUGGUUGGCAACAAGGGUUACUUCCUUUCGAGAAAAAGAAACUAGGCGUUGCUCAUAUAUAUGACAAAUACCCGUAUCUUAUCAAGUCAGCAAUUGACUAUGAAGUAUGCUUAAGAGCAGAUGUUUUUGUUGGGAACAGCUUUUCUACAUUCUCUAGUCUCAUAGUACUUGAGAGGACACAAAAGAUGAAUCGGAUGGGCGUUUCAAGUUCUUGUAACAACAGCAUGAGGUGGCCUUCAUAUGCCUACAAUAUAAUGGGGGAUUUUGGUGGUCCAAGAAAGUGGCUGACAAAUAUGUCAGACACAAGCCUUCAAGCUAUUAGCUAUGGCUCCAACCAUGUUACAUGUUGAAUGUCUUACCACACUGUUCAUAAGCAGACUUUCCAUGUUUUUUUGCAUAAAAGUUUUGGUACAGUGGCGGCUGAUAUGAUUGGAAUCACGAUUUGAUUGUUAUGGGAAGUAUGAGAUAAUCUGAGAGUAUAAAUUAAUGCUAUCUUGUAUCUGAGCUCAGCAAAGGAACCCUUGUCCUGGCUUCAGGGAAUUUACAGGUCUAUCUUUGAGAUUAGAUGCCUUAUUUUGUUGCUUUUCCAUUUUUUGAUGCUGUUUUUUUAUUAUAUAAUUUUUUAUAUCACAAGAUGUAACUAGAAAUUGAAAUAUUUUCCUCUGUAUAUCCUGUAUACUUUACUUAUACUGGCAUUCUGUUAUGAGAUUAUAAGAGAAAUCGUUGCUAAUCUGCA